AUGUACAACACGUUGGCAAUUAAUCGCAGCACCAAUAACAACAGUAGUGACAGUAGCAGUAACUUUGGCAGUCAAACUGGCAGAACCAUCAUGUCCGUUGCAACAACAAUUGCCUCUACCUCUGCUACAAUGGCAAUGACCAAUAUACCCACCAAUUUACUGCCGCCCAACAGCACGACAGACACCUUUGAAAAUCCUUGGCCACUUGAUGAUAGUACCUGGUCAACGAUGAAUCAAUCAUCAACAGACAAAGACGAUUUGAUUGAAAUGAAUUUAGCAAAUGAAACGUUAAAUACUUCAUAUCCGGCACUAAGGCGUUACGAUGGCAAUUAUGAUGUUUCGUACAUAGGGAGGAUAAACACAUUUUGGUUGCGAUUCGAACCACCAAGUGCCCGCACUUACUAUAUUAUGGCUAUAAUUUAUAUCAUCAUAUCAACCGUUGGUUGUCUUGGCAAUUCAUUUGUCAUAUUUAUGUUUAUACGCUGCAAGUCCUUGCGCACACCUGCAAACAUAUUGGUCAUCAAUUUGGCUGUGAGUGAUCUUCUCAUGUUGAGCAAAUGCCCCAUUGCCAUUUAUAAUAACUUCAAACAAGGUCCAGCCCUUGGUGAUGUUGGUUGUCGCAUCUACGGCUUCGUCGGCGGCCUUAGUGGCACCGCAUCAAUAGGAACACUAACUGCCAUAGCACUCGAUCGAUAUAAUGUUGUCGUGCAUCCACUCGACCCAUUACGUAAGACGGCCAAACUACGUUCUACCUACGUUAUAACCAUAAUUUGGAUCUACAGUUUUGCCUUCUCCAUUGUGCCAGCUCUGGAUAUUGGUCUAUCUGUAUAUGUACCCGAAGGUUUCCUUACCACCUGCAGUUUCGAUUACCUUGACAAAGGUCUAGGUCCGCGCAUUUUCAUGUUUUCAUUCUUCGUAGCCGCGUGGUGUGUGCCCUUCAGCAUCAUCUGUUUCUCAUAUUUCUACAUCUUGAAAGUGGUGUUUGCCGCCAAUCGCAUACAAUCCAACAAAGAUAAGAAUAAGACUGAACAAAACUUGGCCAUAAAUAUUGCGGGUAUCAUCGGUUUGUGGUUUCUAGCUUGGACGCCAUACUCAGUAGUCGCUAUGAUGGGCGUUUUCGGAAAACAGAAAUAUCUAACGCCACUAAGUUCAAUGAUACCGGCGCUCUUCUGCAAGACUUCAGCCUGCAUUAAUCCGUAUCUUUAUGCGGCGACACAUCCACGCUUUCGCAUGGAAUUUCGUCGCCUCUGGAUGGGGCGAAGGCAAUUACGUCGUACCUCGACGACACGCUCAUCAUAUCUAACACGUUCGUCGACUAGGCGUUUGAGUGUUUUCAAAGAUGUAGACAUGAGAAAUCGUAGUAAUGAUAAUACGAAAAAAAAUAAUAAUUUGCAAGCACUACAAGAAGUGACGGAGGAGAACGAUGAAAAUUAUGAAUUUUCGAUACAGGGAAAUUUUAGCGAUGGCAUAGAGCAAAGCCGUUUCUAA